AUGGUUUUUUUUAUAAGAACACGUAUUUAUCGAUUUUAUACCGGUAAAACGAGAUUUCUUUUCAAAAAAUUAUUCAUCCUCUUAAUCUUUAUAACAUUCCCUAUUACAUUCUUUUCAUCAUUUAAAAAAUUAACUCCAGAAUUAGAAGCAAUAAAUGUUACAAAUUUCAAUUAUUUUGAAUCAAUUUCUAAUAAUAAUAAUCCACAAAAUCAUUAUAAUAAUAAUAAUAAUAAUAAUAAUUAUGAUGAAAAUGAAAAAUUUUUAACAUACCUUCCACAUAGUCAAUUUCAUAAUCAAUUAAUUGAAUUAAAAAAUGCUAUAGUACUUGCUUAUUUAACAAAUAGAACUUUAAUUAUACCACCAAUAAUACAUUUUACUCGUAAUUUUUCUAUUCCAUAUGCACCUUUAAAUAGACUUUAUGAUCGAUUGAAUUAUUAUGAAAAUAUUAAAAGAAUUCGAUCAUCAUGUAAUAUAAAAAAUUCAAAAGAAGAAGAAGAAAAAGGUUAUUGUUCAUUAGAUUAUAUUAAACAUGAUUCUUUUAUAAUUAUAAAUUGGGAAGAAAUAUUUGAUCUUAACUGGAUUAAGAAUCAAAUUAAAAUUAUAAAUAGAAAUGAUUUUUCUAUUGAAGGUUUAUAUAAAAUUUGUAAUAUUCCUAUUAAUAAUGUUAAAGAAACGAUUAAUAAUAAUUUUAAUGAAUUAUUAUUAAAUAAUGAAAAUGUAUUUGUUUUAAGUCAAGGUAAAAAAGCUAAAAAUAGAUAUUAUUAUAGAUUUUUUGAUACUAUUAAUAAGGAUAAUAAUUAUGAAUUAAUUAAUUAUGAAUCCUAUUAUUUAAUUAAUGAUUUAAAAAAGAGAAAAGAAAAAUUGAUUCAUACUGAUAGUUUAUUUGGAAGUUUUAGAAUUGAUUUUAAGAAUGAAAAUAUUAUUAAAUGGAAAUCAGAAAUGGAUAGAAAUUUUUUAAUUUCUCAUCCAAUUUUAUUAAAAGUAGUUAAUAAUAUUAUUAAUAAAUUAGGUGGAUUUGGAACUUUUUUAGGUGUUCAUGUUAGAACUGGUGAUAGUAUAUUUAAAGAGAAUAUUAAAAAUACAAUUGAUCUUAUAAUUAAGGAUAUAAAAAAUACAUCCCAAAUACCAUCACAAAUACCACCACAAAUACCACCACAAAUAUCACCACAAAUGAUCGAUAUACCAAAAUCUAAAAAUCAUUUUAUUAAUUGUAAAUCACGAAACAAACGAAUUAUAUUUAUCGCAACCGAUUCUUCUAAUCCAUUUAUGGAAUUAUCAAAAAUCUUUUUUACUUUUGAUUGUGUAUUUACGUUAAAAGAUUUUGAAGAUUUAAUUGAACCUUUAAGAGAUAUAAAUUAUACAUUUGAUAGAAAUAUAAAAAUGUUAGAUUUCUUUUAUCCUUUAAUUGAUUUAUUAAUAAUUGCAAAUGGUAUGGAUGUUAUUGGAACUCCUAAUAGUACUUUUUCCGAAUUUGCAAAAUUUUAUCAUGAAACAUUAAUUUAUGAAGUAGACGAUUAA